AUUUUUCAGAUUUGAGAUUUUUGCCACCCAUGGGAGGAGAGGAGAGAAAUUAAACAUUUGUGUUUUAUUAUUUAGGAGAAAAAAUUAUUGAAACGUGGCAUUCAUGUAAUCUAAUAUGUCAAAUGUAGUUUAAAGAAAUGUACGUGGAGAAUAUGAAAUAAUGAAACAUAGACAGUGAUCUGGUUAUUAUAAGAAUGGUGUAAAGUGGAACCGUAAGUGAAAAAAGUGUUCAAUAUGUACAUGAAAUAUGUAUUUGUUUUGUCCCUCUACCUCAUGCUCGACAAUGCGUCGUCUUUGCACAUAAAGGGUGAAUUUUCUACAGAUGAGUUCUUCAAAUUCGUAGUCAAAUUUGGCUUUCAGAAAACUGACAUCCAUUAUCAAAAAGAAACAUAUGGAUUCAUAUUCGGCAAUAUCACAUCAAAAGAGCGUUUUAUGUAUCCUAUCACAUUUGCUGUGUUGAAUAGGCAUCAUUUUAUUCAUUAUUAUAAAAGUCGGGAUAUAGAGAACAAGGAGCUGGCAUGUCAAGUCAUGUUCCAGAACUUGAAUACAUCUGCCUACCACCCUAAGUGUAAUGCCGGAGGACAGGAUUUUUUUCGGCGCAUCCCUUGCCCAAAAAACGAAGUUUGCGUUGAUGAAGACUCCCUCUGGAAUGUUGUAAAGAAAAGUCAAUUUACUUACGAUAUUGAGAACCCAGGCCAACCAAGGUUCUGGUAUGUGUCCAUGGUAUCCUGCUAUCUCAAUGAGACAACAUGCACAUGGCAUCAUUACAAAGGAGCACCAUCAAAGGAUAAUAAAACCAUGACAAAUAUCCCACAAAAAGUCCAAUAUGACUUUUGGCUGGUUAAUGGGAAUCCUAAUCAAAGUCUAUACAAUAGCCUGAUGUACCAAUUUUCGUUUGAUCAUCAAAACACCCUGGAAUUGUAUUUGGUGUUUCUGCUUUGCUAUAUUGUCCUUGUGCCAGUGCAGAUCUAUGCUGUCAGGAUACAAAAACAUCCAGUUACAAAGUUAUUCACCUGCAGUCUUAUACUGGAGUUUGGUGCCAUUUGCUUCAAUUUCCUGCAUACAGUGAAGUUUGCUGCAGAUGGUGUAGGAUUUACUGGACUUGAUGUUGCUGGGGACAUACUGGAUAUUAUGAGCCGGACCCUCUUUAUGCUGUUACUACUGUUAUUGGCAAAAGGUUGGGCAGUGACCAGAUUGGAGCUUACAUACAAGCCGUUGGUUUUUGGCGUGUGGCUGGCAUAUGGCAUCGUACAUAUACUGCUGUAUGUGUGGAAUACAACUGAAGUAGAUAUUAUAGAGGAGAUAGACGAAUACCAAACGUGGCCGGGUUGGCUGAUCCUCACCCUGCGCGUGGCCAUCAUGUCGUGGUUCGUGCUGGAGCUUCGCAACACGAUGAUGUACGAGCACAACAUGGCCAAGCUGAACUUCCUCCUGCACUUCGGCGCCUCAAGCCUAGUGUGGUUCGUGUAUCUGCCGGUCAUCGCUUUGAUAGCACUGCAGAUUAGCCCCUUGUGGAGGUUUAAGUUUUUACUCGGUAUAACAUAUUCGGCGGACUGCCUGGCGUUCUGCGUGAUGACACAUUUGCUGUGGCCCACUCGAUCGGAACAGUACUUGCUGCUGGCUCCCUCUGAUUACACAGCGGGCAUCGAGGAACUAGACGAGUUCAACGAGUCGCCGCACGUGGUGCACGGCGAUACGGUGGCGCUCACGGCCGACAGCGUCAACGUCGACGACGAGGACGUCAUAUUCACCCGCUCGCACAAGAACACCGUCUACUCAUAGCGGGACUAGACACACCCAGGAGAUACUUCGAGAAACAUUUGUCCAUGAGGCAGUCGGUUAGAACGAGCCAAGUGAUCUUUGAGAUUGCUGACCCGCUCUGCGUUUCAGACAUUUUUAGUCUUUUUAGACGAAGGCUGAUAAUAGUCAUUUUGAGCGGACAAUGGGAUAUAUGUAUAUCAUGAGGUUUAUUAAUUCCCAAAAGUGGGAUGACGCACCGCUGUCAAGUUUUCAAUACCUAUGAGUAAAUGACGACCCGAGUGUAUAUUAGUCAUUAAGCGUUAUCUGUGAAUAGACACGAGUAUACAACGCGUAUUAUGAUAAAGUACAUCUAUAGUAAAGCGCCCUCCACACUCGUGCGCAAAUCGCGGCGCGAAGCCGCGAACGCGAGUGUGGAGCGGGCUUAAUACCUACAGCGUAUACAAACUACUGCACAGUACCAAUAAAGAAAAAUAUGCUAUAAACUUAUGGUUCCUCGAGCAUUGUUCUAAAGUUAUUAGGUAUAGUGUCUUUUAAUGUGCAGUGUCAAAUCGAAAUCUUAGUCACGUAGUUAUAAGUAAUGAGACGAUAUCUGAUUUCUCGCUGAGUAACAUUUUUAACAAAGUAUACUUUAAUUCAAGACAAGGAAAUGAAAUAUUCAAAAGAAAACCUUGAAACCUGUGGGCAUAAGAUCCAUUAUUCUAAUUUAACUCGCCUAUGUUUGAGACUACGUAACACUGGCGCAUGUUCUAAUAAUUGAAUACCUUACAAUUUUGUAAUGUAUAGGUAGGGAGCGCUAGAACGGCUACAUUUGAAAAAUAGUUCCUCAAAAUUUGGUAGAACCUCCUGACGACCAGAGUCCUACGCGUAGUAUAUAUAAGGGAUGUUGCGGAUGCCGAUAUUUUGACAUCCGCGGAUGUCGAGAUUAGGCACAUAAAAAACGUCAAAUAUUACACUUUAGUAAUUUUUAUUUAAAAAAAAACGAAACUUAGUAUUUGAACAAGAAUAUAGGUGCCCCACAAUCGCAUUACUAUACUAAAGUCCAAAUAAAACAAACUUUUCACUUCUUGUCGCUGUCCGUCAUUUGCUCGAUCCGCGAAUCACAAAAACGAAACGAGAUUCCUAUUGGCUAAUGACGAAAUUACCUAGACCUUACGUCGUCGCUAAGACGUUCCUGUACCUACCUGUUCCACAUCCGCAUCCGCAUUAAGCUCCGCAUCAAUUUUAUGCGGAUGCGGAUGUUGAAAAUAAUGCGGAAGUUCCGCGGUUGCGGAUGCGAAUAUUCGCAACAUCCCUGGUACAUAUACAUAUGCUCCAAUCAAGUUUCGACUUUGUUAACUUGACAUGACAGUUUAAUUUAAAUUAGCAAAUUUUGAUACCCAGUUGUCAGGGGGUAAAAAGCCCGAUAAACAGGUCAGACAAUUUGUGAAACAAUCUUUCAUACCUAUCAAAGGAAGACUUUCUCUAAAGCGCCCUCUGGACAGAUUUACUUCAUUGAAAAAAAAUACCAUCUCAAGGUUCUUGUCGUGUUAAUAGAUGUUGCAUGUUUAAUUUAUACUAGUUUCAGGUAAGAUGUAUUAGAUGACUAGUAGUGCCUAUUUACGUAAUAAUGAAUGUUCUAAUGAGUGUAAUUUAAAUGUGCCAACCUUUAAGUCAAAAGUUGCAUAACACACUAAUCACUUUUGAGACUUUUUAUUGAAGUAUAGCAGGUACAAAAUUAACAGUUUAUAAACCUGUGAGUCGAAAUUAUCUUAUUGCACAAAGCCUUAAUAGUUCGUAACUUUAAAAUAAAAUAAAAACAUCUUUAUAUUGAAGUUGUUAUAUCGAAUAGCGACUUAAAAGUAGUUAAAAAAUGUAUCUCUAAAAUAACUGCUUUGCGUACACUUUCAUUCUUAGCUGAAGAAAAAAAACCAGUGUUUAUAAUACACUUCAAAGUAUAAGAUGUUAAGUUUUAUUAGGAAACGAAACAUUCCACAAAAAGCGUAGACAAUUUAAGUGAUUAAAACGACAGAAGUCAAUUAGCCGUAGCAAAAAAAGUAAUACACCAAUAUCAGCUCCUCAGAUUUAUCGAAUUAUUACAACAAACUGAAAUGGAAUUGUAGUUUAAAUGAAACAUGAAUUAAUACAUUAAUUAUUCUGCUCGUCAACAGAUAGCUGCGUUGCUCUCGCUCACGAUAAGGUGAGUGCAAUGUUAUGUCUGUAGAGCGCAUUGCAAAUCAGUAAUAAUCACUCAACUAGGCAUAAUUAUUUAUAAAAAUAUAAAUUGAAUUUACUAAUAUUUAAGAUGUUAUAAUAAAAUAUUCACUGUUUUAUAAAAAGGUUAUAAUGUUGUAUUGCUGACUGAGAAAAAGAAAUUAAUAAAAUAACUUGCAUAAAUAUCGUUUAGUAAGCAUAUAAAAUUGAAAAUUGAAUUACGUACUUUACGUUUUUACAUCAUAAAAAAAACUAAUCGAGUUUUGCUCGUACGUACUGCCGUUGUACGUGCCGUUGGAAACUUUCCAAAAUUGCGAAAUUUCCGCAUGGUAAAAUUUCGAAAAUUCUCAUAUUUAUGGUAUGGGAAUGGAAGUUUACCAUUUCCAAAAUGAAAGUUUCCCUUGUUUCGUGAGAAAUAUUGCUAAAAUUUCCGCAAACUUUUCUAACUUUUGGAAACUUUACACAACUUACACGUCUGUAGUUACUCAUACGACCUGCUUUUGACAACACAGCGCCGUUUAUUAUUCAGACUUUCCCAACAACUGAAAACAAAUUACACACAUUAUUGUUUUACCGACAGUUUACCAAUAGAAAUUUCUAGAUUCUGAAAUGUUUCACUGUGGAUACGAAUACGAUACAUUACCUUAAGGUCGUUUGUACUGUACACAUUCUUAUGAAGUAAAUUAGUAAUACCUAGGUACAUACUAUAAAUGUAAAAGGUAGGUAUAUAAAGUUUAAUAUUAUUUUUAAGAAAUAUUAUAUAUUACGAAAUGCUUAAAGUACAAGUAGAUCUCAUAAUAGAAGGUUACUAUAUUGUGUUACAUAUGAUUUCCUUAAUACAAUGUAUUAUCGAUUUAUAUUUAUAAAUAAAUGCAGAUGCAAUUAAAAUUGGUUCAUGUUGCUUUCCAUGCAGGUACUUGUUAACUUGUUAUGAUUGCUCAUAAGGUGCGUCCAAAUUAGCAAAUAAAUGUUUGCAAGCUCACAUAAGCACGCAAUCUACAGCAGACAUUGCUCGCGGCGCAUUGGUUUGAUCUGGACACACCUUUAACUAUACAUAUAAAUAGAUGGUAGUACGAGAGGAAUACAAUUAUUUGUAGAGCAAGUAGGUGCACGAUUUUUACCGUUUGCUUAAAAGUGGAUAUAUUGUUUACGUGCCAAAUUCAUCAUUUUUUUACAAGCAUUUAUUUAACUUCCAGUGUAUAUAAUAAAUGUUCGUGUCAAAUCUUGCAAGCUAAAUAAGACCCAUUUCCCAUUACAUAAUCGUAUAAUGUACCUAAUACCUACUUGCUUGUCUACGGCAGAAACACGGGAAGAGGAACAACAGUUAAUACUGAAUUUUGUAAACGAGUUUGGCAAUGUAGGUAAUACUUAAACAAAUACAUUUAUUAUGUAUAAUCCUUUUAUUUACUGAGGAUGGUGUAGCCACUUUGAACGCGAAUAACAUAAUUAAGGGGGGGGCACCAACAAUUGUGCAUGCCAUCUUAACGAUCACUGAACUGAAGAUAACCAAAGCGUUAACGAUAAAGCAUGUGGGUUAAUAUAUGGUAAAAUGUUAUUGUAAUGCAGCUAAACAAAACCGGUCCUUGUUUUGAACAUUGUCCUUAAUUAUUUGUGGAAGUAUUAUUUUUGAUUUGAUAUAGCCACUCAGAAAUCAAGAUGUUGUAAUUGUAGUAGAUUUUUUUCUUCAGUAUUGGAUGAAUCUAAUUUAAACCUGAAACCGACGCGCGGAUCGGACGCAGUGUGCGAUGCCCCAUAUAUAUACCUAUUGCGAAUUUAUUUAUUUCAUUCGAACAAUAUUUAUGAACCUACCUUAAGUACCUAAUUAGUCAUGUAAAUUAUAUUAAGCUUUCGAUUUAAAUAUGAACCUUUGUAUAUAAAGUAGGUAUAACUUUUUUUCUAUCAAAAUGAUAAUUGGGUCUUUGUGUACCUAUUAUGUACGAGGGUUGAUCCGUAUGCACCACCCCUAACCCUCUUACAAUGAAACUACAUUCAAGAUUUAUUUUUUAUUAUUCUACAUAGUCUCUCUCAACACUAAUACACUUAUUCCAUCGGUGCUCCAGCAUUUCAAUAGCCUCCUGAAAAAAAAAAUGUCCGACCUCUGAAAACCACUCCUCCACAACAGAAUCACCUCUUGAUUGUCCAAAAAAAAUUUUUCCACGUAAAAAUUCCUUUAAUUUUGGGAAUAGCCUGUAGUCGCUGGGGGCCAAGUCAGGCGAAUACGGUGGGUGCUCCACCAAUUCGAAGCCUGCUUGGUGUAUGGCAGCCUUAGCGACACAGGACGUAUGGACGGUAGCAUUGUCUUGGUGGAAGAGUACGCCACUUGUCAACUUGCCCCGGCGUUUCUCUUUAAUAGCCUCUCGCAAUUUUAGAAUUAAGUUUGCAUAAUAGGCCCCUGUAAUAGUCUCUCCCUUUUUCAAAUAGUCAGCCAGGAUUAUUCCUUGAGCAUCCCAGAAUACAGACAGCAUAACCUUUCCUGCAGACGAUGCCACUUUAAAUUUACGUGGUGGCGGAGAACCACUGUGUUUCCACUGCUUACUUUGAAUUUUAGUUUCGGGAUCAUAGUGAUGUACCCAAGACUCGUCCAUGAUUACGUAUCUAUGGAGAAAAUUAUCUUUAUUAGCUUGGUACAUAUCCAACAGACGCUGGCAAAUCAAUACUCUAUGUCUUUUCUGAUCAAUGGUCAACAUUCGUGGCACCCAUCUUGCACUGAUCUUGUUCAUACCCAAUUCUUUAGGAAGUAUCUGUUGCACUACAUGAUAUGACAAGCCAGUCUCUUCAACAAUUUGCCUGAUACGUAUUCGCCGGUUUUGUAACACCAUAUCGUGAACUUUAUUAAUGUUUUCGUCUGGAGUGACCGUUACAGGUGGUCCACCGCCAUGUUGGUUUUCACAACUUGAUCUUCCGCACUUAAACUCUCGACACCAACGUUUCACUAUGUAAUAGGAUACUGCACACUCCCCUACAGUUGCCACAAUAUCUUGAUGGAUUUGACUUGGUGUAAAGUAUUUUUUUGUAGAUAUUUUAUUACCGCCCUCUGCUCAACAAAAUCCAUUUUCAUACAAAAAAACCACGACUCAACAAUUACAGUAAGCUGUAGCUCAAUAAUAGUUCGACAUUUAAAAAUGUUUAUUUUUUAUAACCUCUAAAUGUCUAUAAUCCUACAGCAAAAAGGUUUUAAUAACCAAGUGACAGCAAAGAGGUCAGGGGUGGUGCAUACGGAUCAACCCUCGUACGUAGAUUUUUUUGGCAAAUUUUCGUAACCCUCCCUGAGGCAUAAAUUUUUUACUCUUUCAACCUCGCUCUGAUUAACCAGUUUAGUAGCGAAAUAAGCCGAUAUUACCAUUAAGAGGCCGGUGUCGAUUUUAGUCGCAAAAAUGUAAAAUUGAUAGAUUUAGUCGGUGAAAUUGUACACCUUUUGUUACCUAAUUGAAAUAACAAGUACUGGUUUCUAUUAGCACGUCUUCUUAUCUUGCCUUUUAUCAGUUUUUUUUUAAACAGACUCACUAAAUUAGUAAUGAUUUUUCUUCUGAUGGACGUUUUGGUAAACGCGCGUAAAGCGCUGAUUUUGUCGCUCUUAUUUGUAAAUUUCAUAAGGUUUGGACUGCUAAAAAUGGUAAAUUUGUAUUACACAUAUUCUGUACUUGACCUUUAUCAGAUUACACUUUUGUUAUAUGACUUAAGAGUUCGAGGAAAUGAAAGUUAAACGAAUUAAAUUUUCUCCAGAAAUUACUUCAAAACAAGUGACGAUUUCUCUGAAAAUCGACUUAAUUUCAACGUAAUUUUAAUACUUAAACAAUCUACAACAUUUGCUAAAACUAUUCUUAUACAUCAAUUUGUAUAAUUUACCACCAUAAUUUUUUGCAAUUUUUAAAAACUGCCCCUUCUCUUCAUAUAUUACCGGUGACGCACGCUUGCGACCUCAUUAUUAAAAGGCAAGAUGAGAAGACGUGCUAAUAGAAACCAAUACUUGUUAUUUAGAUAUUACGUAACAAAACGUUUCAACGACUAAAUCUAUCAAUUUUACAUUUUUGCUCCAAAAUCGACACCGGCCUCUUAACGCAUAACGCAUUGGCAUGGCGAAAACGGCAAUGACAGCUAUAGAAAAUUUGGCGAGAUCGGAAUAUCACACGCAAAACCAAGGUGCAGCCCACAAGGUGCGCACGCUCGUAUUCUCCAUUUUUCUGUAUACCUCUUGAGACCUGGACAAUUUUUUUAAUCGGCUGAUAGGAAGCGCAUCGAUGCCAUUGAAAUGUGGUGCUGGCGGAAAAUGCUAGGCAUAUCUUGGACCGAACACCGGACCAACGCCUCAAUACGCUGGCUUAAAUUAGAAUGUAUAAUUAGAAAUAGUGAAAAGUUUGUUGUAUAUAUUUAAUGAAUAAAAAUAUGAAAUACUCAAGGAGCUAAGAGUAACCACCAGGCUUUCAACCACAUGCCUCCGGAGAGUACUGGAAUUCUUCGGAUACAUAGCCAGAAAGACUGGAGACAACUGGAAAAGCUUAUGGUCACGGUUCGGUGGAAGGAAAGAGAAGGGGCCGCAGUCCAACGCGAUGGUCCGACCAGGUUAGCAAAUCGCUAUCCAUCAAGGUGCAUGAUGCCUUAGAAGUCGCAAGGGAUCGGAAAGCCUGGAAAUCUGCCAUCCGGAAUCAUAUACAUAUAUAUGUGCUCCACGUAGGAAGUCACGACCCUCAGCACUAAGGAGAACGAAGCAAGGAGGAGGACCAUUAAACUAAUUUUGCUUAUUAUUCUACAUUUUCGUUGGCAGACUGUACAUACACGGCUUGUUCUCAAUACAUUUAAUUAAGCAUACACGAUUUCUUAGCCCUUAAAUCCACCAUUAUUAAAUUUGUACCUAAUUUAAAAAUUUAGUUUGCAGGGAACUGCGCAAUACGAGUACUCAACGUUUAUUACAUUAUAUCAUCAUAAAUAUAAUACAGAUAGAAUGAGAAUCUGGCUCACUGCCCAAUUCCCUGGACAGGCGCUGAGUCUCAAUUUGAUCGAUGUGUAAGUAAAUGUACUUUUUACCCUUAUGUUUAUGUAAGAUUUUGAAACUGUAAAUAAAUAUUUCAUAUUAUUUUGGAA